AUGUCUUCCAGUAAUCCCACCAACCCUGGCGACGCCUCAGAAGAAGCCCAGAACUUUCGCCGAAUGAGUCAAGAACAACAGGUCGACUAUGGCUUCAACAUGCUGGCCAAGGUUGACACGUUCAUGGCCAACACAAACAACUCCUUCGCCAAGAUGAACGACUCCAUGCUCAUGAUCAGCAAUUCCAUAGCCACGAUCAAUGACAAUAUCGGUCACAUUAGUCGCGGUGCCUAG